AUGUCAAACAGAGAUAACGAAACCUCCCCCUUGUUGGGAAGGUCCGUUCGGAACAAUUCGCUUUCCCUUGACCUGUAUGACUCGAUUCCUCCCAUUAAUGAUCCGAAUACCCUGUUAAAUAUCAAAGAAGAUAAGUCCAACGACUCACCUGCGGAGAGCGGUAAGCUGGGCACUCUCGGUGGUGUCUUUCUGCCGACUGCCCUGAAUGUCCUAUCCAUUCUGAUGUUUUUAAGAUUUGGGUUUAUAGUGGGACAAAUGGGAAUUCUGGGGGCUCUCCUGCUAUUGGUGAUGAGUUAUGUCAUAGAUCUCUUGACCACUUUGUCUAUUUCUGCUAUUGCUACAAAUGGCACUGUCAAAGGUGGGGGUGCAUACUACAUGAUAAGCCGCAGUCUGGGAGUUGAGUUUGGCGGAGCCAUUGGCGUAAUUUUUUAUAUAGGGCAGGUUUUGAACUCUGCUCUUAAUGUUGCUGGUUUCAUUGAGCCUUUGAUGAUCAAUUUCAACGAGGUUGGUGGGUUAUUUGCACAUGUGUUGCCGGUUGGGUAUUGGUGGCAGUUCUCUUAUUGCACUGUCUUUUUGUUUCUUUGCACUUCUGUUUCUCUUGUUGGUGCUGGUCCUGUUGCUAAGGCAGGUUCUUUUCUGUUUGCUAUACUUUUUAUUGCGACGAUAUCGGUUCCGAUUUCGACGUUAUUUGUGCAGCCGUUUGCUAUACCUGAGCUAGACUCGUUCUACUCGGGCCCAUCCUGGGAGACCUUUAGAGGGAAUCUUAUGCCGCAUUUCACUAAGGGAGCUGCUGGGUCGCAGAUAAUGGGAAGGGAGACAUUCAAUGACUUGUUUGGGAUUUUCUUUCCAGCUACAGCAGGUAUCUUUGCCGGUGCUUCCAUGAGUGGUGAUCUUUCAAGACCUUCCAAGUCUAUUCCCAAGGGAACAUUGUGGGGGCUUCUUCUCACAUUUGUGUGCUAUGCCCUUGUCAUAAUCUCAAUGGGAGUUUCUAUUCCUAGAGACUUGCUCCACAAAGAUGUUCAGGUCAUUCAAUCGGUCAACUUAUCCAGUUUGCUGGUGGUGUUGGGUGAAUUGUCGACAUCACUGUUCUCGGUUAUUGUUGGAAUUGUUGGGGCAGCCAAAGUUCUUCAAGCCAUUGCGAGAGACGGUAUUCUUCCAGGUCUAGGAGUGUUCGCCAAAGGAACCAAGAUCAACGAUGAUCCUAUCGCGGCCAUCCUUUUCACAUGGCUGUUGACUCAGGUAUUCCUUUUUGCCGAUAUAAACCAGAUCGCCACGUUUAUCACGAUGUCAUUUCUCAUGACUUUCAUCGUGACCAAUAUGGCCUGUUUCCUGUUGAAGGUAGGAUCUGCUCCCAACUUCAGACCCAGCUUCAAAUACUUUAACACCUAUACUGCGCUUAUGGGAUUUGUGGCCUCUGUAGCCGCAAUGUUUGUGGUUGAUGGUCUUUCUGCGACGCUGGUGGUGAUCUUCCUCAUGUUCUUAAUUUUAGCUAUCCAUUAUGUGUCUCCUCCCAAACAAUGGGGAGAUGUCUCCCAGUCGCUUAUCUACCACCAGGUGAGGAAAUACUUGCUCAAGCUCAAACAGGACAACGUCAAGUACUGGAGACCACAGGUUUUGCUUUUGGUAGAUGACCCAAGAACCAGCUGGAGACUCAUGAGCUUCUGCAACCAUUUGAAAAAGGGCGGUCUUUACGUAAUUGGACAUGUGAUGGUGUGCAAAAACUUUCAGGAAAGAGUUGGAGAGCUUGCGAAGCAGAGACAGGAAUGGACCAAACUUCGUGAUAUCAGCGAUAUCAAAGCGUUUAUUCAAAUUUCUAUUGCUCCCACGCUUUCGUGGGGUGUUCGGAAUGUGUUCCUGGGUAGUGGUCUGGGAGGUAUGCGUCCCAACAUCACCGUCCUGGGGUUCUAUGAUCUCAGCUCAUACUCAUCACCCGAUGAGUUGCCAUUUGCUCGGAAUGGUCACCGAAAUAUUGAGAGUUUAAACCCAGCUUACAACGACCAAGUUACGCUCAACAUGGAGCACCUGCCCACCGAUUCUUGUCAAAAGGAGAAGAAGCUGACGAUCACCGAGUGGGUCCAACUCAUAGAGGAUCUGUUACUUCUCAACAGUAAUGUUGCAGUUGCAAAAGGUUUUCCCAGGUUGGAAAUACCCACAAAGAAGUCGCCUGAACUGAAGGGCCAACCCAAGUACAUUGACCUGUACCCAAUUCAGAUGAGUGCUCAGAUAAUGAACGAGUCUGGCACCAAAAGUGCACUGACGACGAAUUUUGACACAUAUACGCUUAUUCUUCAACUGGGAGCGAUUCUUAACACGGUUCCAGAAUGGAAAAAGACCCACAAUCUGAGAGUGGUUGUGUUUGUGGAGUAUGAAAGCGAUGUGGAGGACGAACGCACACGAGUCGCAGCUUUGCUAGACGUUUUGAGAAUCAAGGCCGAGGUUUUGGUGCUAUGUUUGAACUCAGGGGCCUUUCAAACGUAUAACUAUAUAAGCAAGGGCGAAGAGGUAGAUGAGAGUUUAUCAUCCAGAAUAAACCACGUCCUAGAGAAGGAUGAGUGGUGGAAGUCACUUUCAGAGUUCAGAGAAGACUCCAAGACCUCAAAAUCGAAGUUUCAGUCUUUCCAGUUCAACAGGAUUUCCUCUAAGGCAGUUGACAAGUUUGAGGCCAGCAAUAGAAGGAGAUACACUCUUUCCAACAUGCAGAAGCUCGGGGUUUCUCUCUCCAUGGUGACAAAUAGGAUUCUCAACUCAGAUAUCAAACGAACUAUCGGUGAUAGUUCGGACGACGAAUCUGACUAUAUCACAGACGACAAUGAAUCCACGAUAAGUACCCAUAGCACAGGGAGUUAUGACAGUUCUGCCUUCAUCAAGAAGAAGAACUUCAAGCCGGUGUCGAACAUUUCCUCGGCUACUCACUUGCGUGUGCCUCAUUCUCGUCCUCAUCUUUCACCAAUGCAAUCUUCUGGUUCCAUCAAAAACCAGAUCAAGAGCAAAACAAGUCGUAAACUGCUCAGAUCCAACUUCUCUGCAGAUGCAAUGCCCAAAUCGCAGGUUUUCGAUGAUGCUACUGGGGACCAGCCGUCUAUCAUGUUUGUACCAGAUGUGGAACGUGAGUCCCGCAACAGCAGGGCCUCCAGCGUGAGGAAGAGUGUUGAAGAGGAAGCUGUGAAAAAGAGCACCAAGUUGAGAGAACAUAGCGUCUCCAAAUCGGAUGCUUCUUCUUUGAACGCCGUUGAUGAAGAGGACGAAGAAGAUCUGGUGUUUUCGUUCAACGAGAUAACAUCGAAAGCUCAACACCUGAUUUUGAAUGAUGUUCUCACCCAGGUCUCCUCUGAAAGUGCUGUCAUAUUUUCUACGCUACCAACUCCAGCAAUUGGGACUCACAUUUCCGAACAGGAGAGCCUGGAGUACAUAAAAAACCUGGAUCUAUGGUGUGAAGGGCUGCCUCCAGUGAUGCUCAUCAACUCCAAGACAAUGACAGUGACUACUGCUCUAUAA